AUGGUCGACAUGGGGGGUCUGGACAACCUGAUUGCCAACACGGCCUACCUACAGGCCCGGAAGACCUCGGAUGGAGACAGCAGGGAGAUGCAGCGGCGGCGCCGGAGCCUGGCACUGCCCGGGCCACAGUGCUGUACCCAGCUCCGCCAGUCCCUGCCCCAGGACUUCAACAACCUGUGCGAGCAGCAGCCCAUCGGCCGCCGCCUCUUUCGGGACUUCCUGGCCACAGUGCCCCCGUACCAAGGGGCCGUGGCCUUCCUUGAGGAGGUGCAGAGCUGGGAGCUGGCUGAGGAGGGCCCCGUCAAGGGCAGCAUGCUGCAGGGGCUGGUGGCCACUUGUGUGGCUGCUCCUGCUCCAGGGCACCCGCACCCCUUCCUCAGCCCGGCUCUGGCCACCAAGUGCCAAGCAGCCACCACCGAGGAAGAGCAGAGAGUCCUGGUAGCACAGGCCAAGGCCGAGGUCAUGACCUUCUUGCAGGACCAGCCCUUCCAGGAUUUCCUGGCCAGCCCUUUCUAUGACAAGUUUCUACAGUGGAAAGUCUUUGAGAUGCAACCGGUGUCGGAAAAGUACUUCACUGAAUUCCGCGUCCUGGGGAAAGGUGGUUUUGGGGAGGUAUGUGCUGUCCAAGUGAGAAACACUGGUAAGAUGUAUGCCUGUAAGAAACUGGACAAGAAGCGGCUGAAGAAGAAAAAUGGCGAGAAAAUGGCUCUUUCAGAAAAGGAAAUCUUGGAAAGGGUCAGCAGCCCUUUCAUCGUCUCUCUGGCCUAUGCCUUUGAGAGCAAGUCCCAUCUCUGUCUGGUCAUGAGCCUGAUGAAUGGCGGAGACCUCAAGUUCCACAUCUACAGUGUAGGCACACGGGGCCUGGACAUGAGCAGGGUGGUCUUCUACUCUGCCCAGAUGACCUGCGGACUGUUGCACCUACACUCUCUCGGCAUUGUCUACCGGGACAUGAAGCCUGAGAAUGUGCUUCUGGACGACCUUGGCAACUGCAGGCUGUCUGACCUGGGCCUGGCCGUGCAGAUCCAGGAUGGCAAGCCUGUCACGCAGAGGGCUGGAACCAAUGGUUAUAUGGCGCCUGAAAUCCUAAUGGAAAAAGUGAGUUAUUCCUAUCCUGUGGACUGGUUUGCAAUGGGAUGCAGUAUCUAUGAAAUGGUUGCUGGACGGACACCAUUCAAAGAUUACAAGGAAAAAGUCAGUAAAGAGGAUUUAAAGCAAAGAACCCUAAAAGAAGACGUCCAGUUCCAACAUGAUAACUUCACAGAGGAAGCAAAAGAUAUUUGCAGACUCUUCUUGGCUAAGAAACCAGAGCAACGUUUAGGAAGCAGAGAAAAGUCUGAUGAUCCCAGGCAACACCCUUUCUUCAAAACCAUCAAUUUUGCUCGCCUGGAAGCUGGCCUGGUUGAGCCCCCAUUUGUGCCAGAUCCUUCAGUGGUUUAUGCCAAAGACAUUGCUGAAAUUGAAGAUUUCUCUGAGGUUCGGGGAAUCGAAUUUGAUGAUAAAGACAAGGUGUUCUUCCAAAGAUUUGCAACAGGUGCUGUCCCCAUAGCAUGGCAGGAAGAGAUUAUAGAAACAGGACUGUUUGAAGAAUUGAACGACCCCAACAGGCCUGCAGGUUGUGGGGAUGGUAAUUCAUCCAAGUCUGGUGUGUGUUUGUUAUUAUAAGUUGUUUUCUCUACCAGAUGGGCAGCAGGAAUCUCAGCUGACAUAAUCCUUGAAUGUUCCUAACACAUGAAAAUCUGUUGAAUGAGGACUGAUCAAUCAGGAGGGGCAUUUCAACCAUAGAACAGUUCAAAGGACAGGUGAGCUUACCACUAGGACACAUUUUUCUCCCCUCCGCUCCACCUCCCCUCUCUUUCCCCUCUCCCCCCCUUUCUCUUACUCUCCACCCUACCCCUUACCUCCUUUCCUCUUCCCCUCUUCUACCCCUUUUCUCCACUCUCUCCUUCCCUUCCUCUUCUUUCCUCUCCUUUCUUCCUCCUUCCUUCCUUCUCUCUCCCUCUCUCUCUCUCUCCCCCCACCUCUUUCUUCUUUCUCUCUUUUUUCAUAAAGAUGAGUAAAGUCUCAGUUUCCACUGAAGCCUGGGAAAAGGAACACUCAGGUUUAUUUUGAUAAACUAAAAGCAUGAGCCCGCCACCAUCAUGUCCCUGAAAAUUACACAAAGUCCUAGGAAUAGAGAAUGGAACGUUGUGGUAAUGCUCAGAAAAUGAGCAUUUGCAAUUCUUGGUAAAUAAUCAUUUUAGUUUUUCUUUGUUUAUAUCCUUUCUUCCCUUCAUCUUUCAGUAUUUCUUUUGCCUCUGUACUUAUAAAAAGGAUUUAAAAGCUGGAAAUAAAUGUUCCUGAUAUCCUCCCCCUAAAAAGGAGUGGAUUGUAAUAUUUGGGCAAUAUUUAAAAUUACAGAAUAAUUUUUAACUUACCGAAAGUCCCUUUGUCAUAUUCCGGCAAUAUUUUACCAUUAUAAUGUUGAAGCAUUUUAAACAUAAACACU